AUGUGGGCCGGACUGCUCCUAGCGGCUGCCGGCGUCGCGCUCCUGCUGCCCGGGGCCCCGGCCCGCGGCUACACCGGGAGGAAGCCCUCCGGGCACCUGGGGACGGAGAGACGCCAGCUGGGCCCCCACGUCUGCCUCUCGGGGCUCGGGAGUGGCUGCUGCCCAGGCUGGGCGCCCUCCAUGGGCAGUGGGCACUGCAUCCUUCCCCUCUGCUCCUUUGGCUGCGGGCGUGGCGUCUGCAUCGCUCCCAACGUCUGCUCCUGCCAGGAUGGAGAGCAAGGGGCCACCUGCCCAGACGCCCACGGGCCCUGCGGGGAGUACGGCUGCGACCUGGCCUGUAACCACGGCGGCUGCCAGGAGGUGGCCCGAGUGUGCCCCGUGGGCUUCUCGAUGACGGAGACGGCGGUGGGCAUCAGGUGCACCGACAUCGACGAGUGUUUAAGCGCCUCUUGCGAGGGCCACUGCGUGAACACGGAAGGCGGGUUUGUGUGCGAGUGCGGGCCGGGCAUGCAGCUCUCCGCCGACCGCCACAGCUGCCAAGACACGGACGAAUGCCUGGGGACCCCGUGCCAGCAGAGGUGUAGAAACAGCAUUGGCAGCUACCGGUGCUCCUGCAGACCCGGCUUCCAUCUCCAUGGCAACCGGCACUCCUGUGUAGAUGUAAACGAAUGUCGGAGGCCGCAGGAGAGGCGGGUCUGCCACCAUGCCUGCCACAACACCGUGGGCAGCUUCCUGUGCACCUGCCGACCUGGCUUCAGGCUGCGGGCUGACCGGGUGUCCUGUGAAGGACAGCCCUGUGUCGUUCCAGCGUUCCCGACGGCCGUGCUGGCCCCAUCCGCCAUCCUGCAGCCCCCGCAGCACCCGCCCAACGCGCUGCUGCUGCUUCCCGAGGCCGGCCGGCCCGCCCUCUCCCCGGGACGCCCCCCUCCUUCUGGGGCUCCCGGGGCCCCCGCGGGAGUCCGGACCACCUGCCUGCCCUCUCACACCUCAGCACUACCGGCAGCCUCCCCCUCUGUCCUGGCGAGGCUGCUGGCCACCCCGAUGGCCACCCCAGUUCCUGGCGUCCCCCUGUUGGGGACCCUCAGACCUUCCUCACAACCGCAUGAGAAGGUGGGGGUUACCCCUUCCUCGCCCAGGGGCCCCACGGCCCCACAGCCCACACCAGGGCCCUCUGCCUGCUGGCACCUGGGAGCCACGUACGAGUCGGGGAGCCACUGGACAGCGCCCGGGUGUUCCCAGUGCUGGUGCGAGGACGGCGAGGUGACCUGUGUGGAGGCGACGUGUGAAGCUGCUUGCUCCCACCCGAUCCCCCCCGGAGAUGGGGGCUGCUGUCCGUCCUGUACAGGCUGUUUUCACAGCGGCGUCAUCAGAGCCGAGGGGGCCGUGUUUUCCCCUCCCACGGAGAACUGCACUGUCUGCGUCUGCCUGGCUGGAAAUGUGUCCUGCAUCUCCCCCGAGUGUCCUCCGGGCCCCUGUCAGCCCUCCCCGGAGUCGGACUGCUGCCCCUGUGCUCCAGGGAGGUGCCAUUUCCACGGCCGGUGGCAUGCAGACGGGGCCGUGUUCAGUGGGGAUGACGACGAGUGUACCACCUGCGUCUGCCAGGACGGGGAAGUGGAAUGCGCCUUCACCCCGUGCCCGGAGCUGGACUGCCCCCGCGAGGAGUGGUGGCUGGGCCCGGGGCAGUGCUGCUUCACCUGCCGGGAGCCCGUGCCCAAGACAGGCUGCUCGCUCGACGACAACGGGGCCCAGUUUCCGGUGGGACAGAUCUGGUCUCCCGGUGACCCCUGCAGAUGGUUCCGUGAGCUGCAAGCGGACAGACUGCGUGGACUCCUGCCCUCACCCCAUCCAGAUCCCGGGACAGUGCUGCCCGGACUGUUCGGCAGGCUGCACCUACACAGGCAGGAUCUUCCACAACAACCAGACCUUCCCGUCCGUGCUGGACCCGUGUCUGAGCUGCAUCUGCCUGGUACGGCCACCCAGCUGCGUCGGCGAACUCCCCGGGGCUGCCCCAGCUCCUGAACCCUGGAGGCAGAGGCCAGAGACCUCAGGAGCAAGCUGGGCUCCGUGGCCUGCUCGCCCGUGGACUGCCCCAUCGCCUGCACCUACCCUUUCCACCCCGACGGCCAGUGCUGCCCGGUGUGCCGAGACUGCAACUUCGAGGGCAGGAAGGUGGGGAACGGCCAGGUGUUCACCCUGGACGAUGAGCCCUGUACCCAGUGCACGUGCCGGCUGGGAGAGGUGAGCUGUGAGAGGGCGCCCUGCCGGCCUGCCUGCGAGGACGCCGCCUCGCCCCCCGGGGACUGCUGCUCCUGCCCAGAUUCCCUGGAGGACAGGCGGGGGCUGCCCCCUCCUGCAGACGCCGCCCUGAGCCCCCGCGGAGCCCCCCAGGACCCCGCCACCUGCAGCUCCUGCCCGGGGCCCCCGGCAGCCCGGCCUCGGCGGCCCGCGCCCCACUUCCUCCAGCUCGUCUUGGGGACCAACGUGUCCAACCUGCAGACUGCAUCCCGGGGCCGCUCGGGGGCCCAGGCCACCCCCCCGGCCCCCGCGGGGCCCUCACUGUGGCCUCCCGCCCCCCCAGGAGCCUCCUCUCUACCUCCCGCCUCUCCCGGGGCUCCUGCGACUCCAGAGCCUUCCACCACGGCCUCUGGGGCCCACACAACGGCCAGGUGGCCUGCGCGGCCCCCAGCCGUCCUGCCGGGGGCUCCAGCCCUCUCCACGGUAGACCCGAGGCCCCCAGAGGCCCCCGCCACCCUCCAUGGCCUCUCCCCCGCCACCUCCGGACUCUCCGUGGUGACCGCCAGCCCUGGCGCCCCGCGGCCCCCGGCCGGGACUGCAAGUGAAGAGGGGCCCGCUGGCUGA